GUACUUACGGUUCCGAAAGUAUUUCAGUUUAUAUAGUGCACUUUUCACAGCCGGUUCAGUUUAUGGCUAUAAAAUUAAUGAUUUAAAAUUAGUGAUUUGAAAUUAGUGGUUUAAAAGAAAUAACAAAUGAAAAAUAAAAUUAACAUAACAAUGCCUCCACCGGAGGGAAAGAAAGGAAAAUCUUUAGAUGUAACAUUUGUAACCCCAAAUGAAAAUGAUGAGAAAAAAGAAGAAACCCCGGAAGUUGUUCCUAUGGUAUCAUUUUUCCAAAUGUUCAGAUAUUCUACAAAAAUGGAUAAAAUAUUUAUGUUUUUUGGUUCAAUAGCUGCAGCAAUUUGUGGCGUAUUACAAUCGCUAAAUAUGCUGGUUUUUGGAACAUUAGCAGGUGACAUUAUUUCCUAUGCGUACAACCAAGAAAGUCAAGAAACAAAAGAUAAUUUAAUGGAUAGCAUUACUUGGUUUGCAAUAUAUAAUUUACUUAUUGGAAUAGGAAUGUUACUUUUUGGAUACUUAUCCAUCGUUCUUUAUAAUUUAUCCGGAUUAAAACAGAUUCUGACGAUAAGAGAUUUAUUUUUCGAAAAAGCUCUUUACCAAGACAUCAGUUGGUAUGAUAAAAAUCAAACUGGCGAUUUUGCUAGUAGAAUAACAGAAGAUUUAAACAAAUUAGAAGAUGGACUCGGUGAAAAAGUGUCUAUGUUCAUUACAAUGCAAUGCGCAUUUAUAUCAUGUCUCGUAUUGGCUUUGGUAAAAGGAUGGGAAUUAGCCCUUAUUUGUUUAAUAUCACUUCCAGCAACGAUGAUCGCUCUUAUAAUCGUUACAAUAUUAACAUCAAAACUUGCUAAAAAAGAAAUGGACGCUUACGGAGCAGCUGGAGCUAUUGCAGAAGAAGUAAUAGCCAUUAUCAGAACUGUUAUGGCUUUCGGUGGCGAGAAAAAAGAACUUGCGCGAUAUGAAAAACAAUUAGUAUUCGCCAGAGAUAACAACAUCAAAAGAACUAUGUUUUCGGGCAUAGGAUUCGGUUUACUUUGGUUUUUUAUUUAUGCUAGUUACGCUUUAGCAUUUUGGUACGGUGUUAAACUCAUUUUGGACGAAAAAGAAGCAGGCAUUCCAGAGGAUGAGCGUGUUUAUACACCAGGAAACAUGGUUACAGUUUUCUUUUCUGUAAUGCAAGGAAGUAUGAAUUUUGGUAUGGCAUCGCCAUACAUUGAAGCUUUUGGAAUUGCAAGAGGUGCGGCGGCAAAAGUGUUUUCCGUAAUCGAUAAUGAACCGAUCAUUAAUAAAGCAAAAGAUAACGGGACUCAAUUGAAAGAAGUCAAAGGAGAUAUUGUCUUUAAAAAUGUUAAAUUUAAUUAUCCAUCGAGACCAGAUGUUAAUAUUUUGCAAGGAUUAAACUUAAAAAUAAAUUCUGGCGAAACGGUUGCUUUGGUUGGAAGUUCAGGAUGUGGAAAGUCUACAUGUAUUCAAUUAAUUCAAAGGUUUUACGAUCCACUUGCAGGAGACGUAACGUUAGAUGGUCAUAACUUAAAAGAUCUCGAUUUAACAUGGAUGAGAAAUAACAUUGGUGUAGUAAGUCAAGAGCCGGUUCUUUUCGCAACGACAAUCGCUGAAAAUAUUCGGUAUGGAAAAGAGGAUGUUACCCAAGAGCAAAUUGAGGAAGCAGCAAAAAAAGCAAACGCUCACGUUUUCAUUUCGUCGCUACCUCAAGGUUACGAUACUUUGGUAGGAGAAAGAGGUGCCCAGUUAUCUGGUGGUCAGAAACAAAGGAUAGCCAUCGCAAGAGCUUUAGUUCGAGAACCUUCAAUACUACUUUUGGAUGAAGCCACCUCAGCUUUAGAUAAUAAUAGUGAAGCUAAAGUUCAAGCCGCUUUGGAUAAUGCCAGUAAGAAUUGUACGACUAUCAUCGUUGCUCAUCGUUUGUCUACUAUUAGAGGUGCAAGUCGUAUUGUAGUCCUGUCGCAAGGUGUGGUUGUUGAAGAAGGUACACAUGAAGAACUUAUGGCUUUGGAAGGAGAGUAUCAUGGGUUAGUUACCACCCAAGUUACAACGGAUAUCGUUAAAACUGAUGGCGGAUCAAAAACGUUGGCCAGAGGCUUUAGUGAAACUGAAGAUGAGGAUAAGAAUAUUGUUGUAGCUAAUGAGGCAGCAAAGAAGGAUACUGAUGACGAUUCAGACGUGAGUAACGCAUCGUUAACAUCAAUUAUGAAGAUGAAUUCAACAGAAUGGCCACAAAUUUUAAUCGGUUGUAUCACUUCCGUUAUCAUGGGUUGUGCGAUGCCUGUUUUUGCAAUUCUUUUUGGUGAAAUUCUCGGAGUGUUAUCGAAUGAUGUUCCGGAGUACGUUCGAACGGAAACUAAUAAAUAUUGUGUCCUGUUUUUAGUAGCUGGUAUAGUUACUGGUUUUGCAACAUUCUUACAGCUUUGGACCUUUGGAAUUGCUGGAGAACGAUUAACAAUGCGGCUUCGUAGUCGAAUGUUCGAAGCUAUAUUACGACAAGAAAUCGGUUGGUUUGAUAGAAAAGAAAACGGAGUGGGUGCUCUUUGUGGAAAAUUAUCUUCUGAAGCGUCUAGUGUUCAAGGAGCAACUGGUCAGCGCAUUGGAACAGUUCUUCAAUCAUUUGCAACGAUAAUAUUAGCAAUCGGUUUGUCUAUGUUUUACGAAUGGAGGCUUGGUUUGGUAGCUUUGGCUUUCACUCCAUUUAUUUUAUUGGCAACAUUCUUACAAGGUCGAUUAAUGUUCGCACAAAAUGAUAGUUUUCACGGUUCGAUGGAAAAAUCUACUAAGUUUGCAGUUGAAGCUGUCAGUAAUAUUCGAACAGUGGCUUCUUUGGGAACCGAACCGAAAUUUCAUCGAUUAUAUAUCACCGAAUUGCUUCCUAAUCAUAAACGAGCCAUGAGAAACACCCAUUUUCGCGGCGGCGUUUACGGAUUAGCGAGAAGCUUGAUGUUCUUUGCAUUCGCCGCUUGCAUGUAUUACGGUGGCGUUUUAAUUACAGAAGAAGGUUUAGAUUACGAAAACGUUUUUAAAGUUUCUCAAUCUUUGAUUAUGGGCACAGUUUCGAUUGCAAAUGCUUUAGCUUUUGCUCCAAAUUUCCAAAAAGGUUUAUCAGCAGCUACAAAAGUUUUUAGGUUACUUAAUCGUAAACCAAAAAUUCAAGAUUCACAAAACGCAUCCACUGAAAGAUUUAAAAAUGGUGAUAUUAAUUACGAAGAUAUCGUAUUUUCGUAUCCAACCAGAGACGGAACUCUGGUUCUACAAGGAUUGAAUUUGAACAUCCUUAAGGGUCAAACAGUCGCAUUAGUUGGACCGAGCGGUUGCGGAAAAUCCACUUUAAUCCAAUUAUUGGAGCGAUACUACGAUCCGAAAAGUGGAACUGUAUACGCCGAUCGCAAAGAUAUAAAAUCCAUUAAAAUGACUACGUUAAGAUCUCAUUUGGGUAUUGUAUCACAAGAACCCAAUCUUUUCGACAGAACAAUUGCGGAAAAUAUAGCUUACGGAGAUAAUUCAAGGAAUGUUCCCAGAGAAGAAAUCAUCGAAGCAGCUAAAAACGCUAAUAUUCAUACUUUUAUUACAUCAUUACCUUUAGGUUAUGAAACUCCUUUGGGUGAACGUGGAACUCAACUUUCUGGUGGCCAAAAACAACGUGUAGCAAUUGCUAGGGCAUUAGUAAGAAAUCCGGAAAUACUUCUUUUAGAUGAAGCGACCUCAGCUUUAGACGCAGAAAGUGAAAAAAUUGUUCAAGCAGCUUUAGAUAACGCGAGAGAAGGAAGAACGUGUAUAACAAUAGCUCACAGAUUAAGCACAAUCCAAGAUGCUGAUGUUAUUUAUGUUUUGAAUGGAGGUAAAGUUUACGAAAUGGGAAGUCACAGCGAGCUUUUAGCCAAAAAGGGAUUAUAUCAUCGAUUGUACACGCUACAAAGUGGAAACAAAUAGAAAUUAAUUAAAGAAACAAUAUAAAACAAU